GAGUUAGUGGUGUGAUUGUCAUCUUACUAAACGGAGCGACGUCGCAGAGGUGUUCUCGCGAAAAAAGGUGAUUUUUCUGCUUUCUGUCCACCGGAAGGCGUUUAGUUAGUUUAGGAGUGUUCCUCAGGUGUGUGUGUGUGUGAGUGAGCCUGGACAAAGGAUGAAUUACAACAUAAGCUGGAUAUUUCCCCGGCUACGGAAGCCCUCAGCUUUCUGGCACCUGGCAAGCACCGUGACCAUUGCCUGCGUUGGACUUUUUAGCAAGAUAAUUAUGGUGUGGCUCAACAAGACCCGUGUCCAUAAUCGACACAUUCUAUCCGACGCACUCCGCAAACGUCCCCGUGGGGUGCCACUCAUUACGUGCUCCAAUCAUGAGUCAUGCUUCGAUGACCCAGGACUAUGGGGUGUCCUCCCAUUGAAUCAAGUCUGCAAUCACAAUGUGAUUCGGUGGUCUCUGGCAGCGCAUGAUAUUUGCUUUACAAACAAAUACCAUUCCCUAUUCUUUAUGACCGGGAAAUGCGUGCCAUGCGUGCGUGGCGCCGGCGUCUACCAGCCCGCAAUGGAUGUUUGUAUAGAGAAGCUGGCCCAAGGUGAUUGGGUCCAUGUCUUUCCCGAGGGUAAAGUUAACAUGGCUCAAGAGUAUAUACGAUUAAAAUGGGGCAUCGGCCGAUUAAUCUACGAGAGUCCAGUUCUUCCUAUGAUUAUUCCCAUUUGGCAUAAAGGAAUGGAAACUGUUCUUCCUAAUGAGCCACCCUACAUACUCAGGGUGGGCAAGAAGGUGACCAUUAACUUUGGGGAUCCAAUUGAUUUGAGUGAUCUCGUAAAGAGCCUCAAAGAACGCAAUACUCCCGAACCGGAGGCACGCAAAGUCAUUACAGAUCGCAUCGAAGAGGAGCUAGAUAAAUUAAGAAUAAAGACGGAACAGUUGCACAAUAAGUGCUGACGAGUGUCACGAGGCUGAAUAGAUUAAAAUAUUAUAUACAACCAACUAUAGGUACAUAAAAUAUCGGAGUUGUGUGGUGAUUGUGUGUAGCGAUUAUGUACGUGUAAUUUACGUUACAACGUUUUGGUUAGAGAUAAGAGAAGAGCAUAAAUAAUAUGUCGUGCCAUGUAAAUAUUUCUCCGAUCAAUGUGUAAAAGAGAACGCGAUGAAGAAAAAAUUAAGAUAGACGUGCUCCCGAUUGAAAAGAAGAAAAAACAAAUCCAGUCCAUUUGUGAACAAAAAAUAAAUAAACUUUUAAUUAAUAUUAUUGGACAUAUUCGAUUAUGCAAUGUACCCUAUAUUUAGAUUAUCGAUAUAUUUCUUGCCUCUCUAGCUAGAGAAAAAAGGAAUUUUUUUGAAUAAAUAUUUAGCAAUUCGCGAUUUAAUAAAGAAAAAAAAGUAAUACGUGUUUAAAGUAAAAAUCGAAUGUUUGGAAAUAUAAUUAAUAAAUUUCCAGUAGAUCGCUGUGAAUCAUUUUUUUUAUCCAAAUGAACAUUUUAAUGAUUUUUUUGUACAUUUUGUGAUAAUAAUUUGAUGUCAAACUUACUCAAUUUUAGGUUCUUUUUUUUGUACCAACUAUUACACCCUACACAUGCCAUGUCCAAACUAUAGGGCUUAUAGACAAACCGAAGAUUAACAGAAAAAAAUCCAAUUUGCAUUUUUUUCUCACUUAAAAUGAGCUUACAGAUCAAUGGGGGAAAUGUUAGCGCAAAAAAAAGUUUAUUAUUCAAAUUGGUGAAUAGUGGAAACUCUACAUAAAAAAAAACAUUGCUCAAUUUUUUUCAAAGAGCUGUAUUUAAUAAUAUUGCAAAUACAAAAAUUUGAACAAAUUUUGGCUGUUUAAUUGAAAUGUAAAACAAUUAUUUAUUUCUUAUUUUAAAGUAAUUUAUGUAAAAUUGGUUAUUGAAGUCCUCAAGUUUCCUUAAUUAUUCCUUAUUUUACAAAAUAUUCUUUUUAUGAAUUUCUUAUAUGAGCAUUAAAUAAGGAAAAAGCUUUAAAAGCUUUAAAAAUGUAAAUUAUUUAUCUAUUUCGCUACAGCUAGAAGAUGAAAAAUAAUUUGUCAAAACGUCGCUGAUUGGAUGAAAAAUUUGUAUUUUUCGUUUAUUUUGAAUCGUUUUUUUUGAGACAUUCUGAAGAAUUAAAAUCAAUUGAAACGGAUAGAAAUAUUCUGCAAUACAUACUGAAGAGAAUUUAAAUCUAUUAAUUUUGGAUACUCUAAGAAAUUCUUAAGUUCUUUUUGUUGAUAUUUUCGUCUCUUAAAAAAAUCAAAUAAAUGAAUAAUAAAAUUAAAAAACUGAUUAGAAAACCUUUUGAGGAAUUUAGACGAGCCUUUGAGAAUAUUUUUGUGCUUUUUAAGGGCUUUUCAUUAAGAUUUUAUGUUCAGCAGAAUUGUAAAUAAAUUUUAAAAGUUACAAAUUUAAAAAAAAAAGAAAAAAUCAAUUAGAAACGGUUAUAAUUCAUUAAACUAUUGACUUUUUUUUAAUUUACUGAUGAGUUCAAUAGCCGAGUGGUUUUAAUUACACCUCUUGAGCUCACACUAUGGAAUGUCAUGGGUUCAAGUCCCAUCAGUUGUCUUCAUUGAAAAGUACAACUCAUAAUUAAUUUUUCUUUUAUUUUUUUUUUAAAUAAUUUUUUUGUUAAAAAUGAUAUAUUACAUUGAAGCAAUAUUUUAGUAAUUUUUGAGCUGGAAAAAAUUACAAAAGUAUGUUAUGAAAAAGUUCAGAAAUUCAUAUUUUUAUUAUUAAAAAAAAAAAAAACAAUAAUUAAAAGCUAUUCAAAUGCGCAACCAUUUUCCUCCAUUAUCUGUACACAGACUUUUAAUAAGAAGUAUUUGUCCACGAGAAAUUAUUAGCAUCUUCACAAUGAAUCCCACAGAUAAAAUUGCCAUAAAAUCCCCACAUUUAUGAUGAAAAAAAAUCCCAUGAAUUUGUCUUGCAUUUCUAUCCACCGAUAAGAGAUAACAAAUAAUUCGUCAAAAUAUCCAAACAAUUUAGUACAUUUAAAUAGAAUCAGUCAGAUACCAAAUGAUAGUGUUUAAAAGACAAAUAAAAAGAAAAUGUAAAUAAAAUCUGAGCUGUAAUGAAUUCA